AUGAAAUCUUACAAUUUACUUAAUUGCUAGUCGAUACUAUUUGAAACAGAUUAACAUUUCUGGAAAAAAAUUGAUGAAAAUAGUAAAAUCGAUGAAUUUACUAAAGAAGAGCUUUACUAUUAUUCUAAGAAACACAGAGAGUAUAAAUAGAAGACCUUUGGCUUAAAGGGAUCAAUUUUACUGAAAUUUGGCAAUAAGGAAGUAUAUAUUUUAUUUUAAAGUAGAAUGAUAUAAUGUAUUGUAAUGUGGCAAACUCUUUAAUGGCAUAAACUAAUCAUCAAAAAUUCGGUUAUGGACUCAAGUUUAUCUAAAAUACUUAUCACAUUGAGGUUUUCGGUUAAAUUCAAUAAUGGAAUCAAGAACUAAAAAAAUAUUGUAUUCAGACCAAUCUUAAAUCCAAAUAUACAAUUGGGAGAAAACUUGGAACAGGAAGUUUUGCAGAUGUAUUUAUCAUAUUUUAACAUUAGGUUUAUCUUAUCAUUCAUAAUGAGAGUAAGUAAGAGUUCGCUGUCAAAAUAUUUGAUAAGACUUCUUGUAAAUUUGAUUUAACUUGUAUAAAAUAAGAAUUGGAAAUUUUGCGAUAAAUGGAUCAUCCAAAUACAAGUCAUAUCAUAGAAGCAUAUGAAUCAUCAAAAUACUUAUAUUUGAUACAAGAAUUUUACAAAUAUGGAAGUCUUUACGAUUAUCUCUUAAAAACUGAAAUUCCAGAAGAUGAUGCCAUAAGAACUACAUAUAAGUUGUUAGAAGCAUUAAUUAGUAUUCAUUCAAAAGGAAUAUUGCAUAGAGAUAUCAAACCUGAAAAUAUUUUACUUCGCAAACCCAAUCUCGAGGAUAUUGUUAUCUCAGAUUUUGGAUUAGCCGUCUAUUAUAAUGAUAAUGGUAGGUAUAAGCAUUAAAGGGCUGGGACACCUGGCAACAUUGCUCCAGAAAUUUUGAAGGAUUAAAAUUAUGAUUAUAAAGUUGAUGUUUAUGGAUUGGGGAUGGUACUUUAUUAGAUGUUAACAUCUAAGUAAUCUCCUUUUUACAAUAAAAACUAUCAAAAGAUGCUGUCUGAAAAUCAAGAAGGCUACAUAGAUUAUUCGUAAAUAAAAGCCUCAUCUCCAACUAUUAAUUUACUUACUAAAAUGCUUGACCCUGAUCCUUUGACAAGAUAUACAGCAUAAUAAGCUAAGCAAGAUUAGGCAUUUAAAAAGUAUAAUAGACAAACAAUUAUUAUCAAAAGAAAGAAAUUUAUCAAAGAUCAAACUGUCUCAAGUUUUAGCCCAAGAAGCAAUUCGAUUUAUUUUAGUCCUUCCCAUUAACAAUCUCCUCCUAUAAAUGUUUCAAGUCCAAUGAAUAACUCUCAAAUCAAUAGAAGAAUACUGGGGCUCCCAUAAAGAUUAAAACAUGAGGAUAGGAGGUAGUUUUUUUCACCUAAUUCCAUUAUAAAUAGUGGGACCUUUUGUAAUUUAUCGAAAAAAAAUUAUAAAAUAUCAACUAACAUCACUAGAAAUAGUAUUUAUUAUGGAAUGAUUUCUCAAAAGGCUUCAUGA